CCCUUGCUCGAUUUAAUUGCUAGGGUUUCAAAUCAGUUCUUCUGUCUUCCCCCGAAACCAGUUUGAGGUUAAUGGGGAAGAAGAAAGAGAAAAAACCAGAGGCUUCCUCCUCCGUUGGCCCUAACGACGAUGAUUCAGCUCAACCCGACGUUUUCAAUACCCUAUUCGGGGACGUCGCCGGGCAGAGCUCCUUCAGCUCAAUCUUCUCCGACAACAACCCCUUCAAGAGAAAGCACAGCGAAUUGAAGCGAGGUUUCGGGACUUCUGACAGGCCCGCAGAGAGUCCUGAAAAUGGCGAUUCAGCUAAGGUCGAAGUGAAGAAGAGAAAGGCGAGCAGAGAUUCGAUCGAUGAAGCAACCAAGGACCCAUUGGAGUUGGCGAAAUCGAAGAAAGAGAAGCAGAAAGACGCUAGCUCUGCGGCUUCUGUAUCAAAGAGUGUAUUGAAGAAGCUCAAGGAAAGAGACGCUCAGGCGGACUCCGAUUCAAAUGCUUCAUUGGAGGUUCCAAGAGCGAAAGCCUCAGAACCAGGGCUUGCGUCUGAUGCGGUGGUCAGUAACGACAAGCAGGAGGCUCGUGAUGUUGGCGUUGAUGGCGAGAAAUCGAAUGAGGAGGAUAGGGAGAAGAGGAAAAAGAGGAAAAGAGAUGAGCUUGAGAAGGCUUAUGAGAUUAUGAAGUAUGGGCCAUCGGGAAAAGAAGCUGACAAUGGAGAGGGAGAGAAAGUCGUUGGGAAGAAGAGGAAAAAGGCGGACAAUCCUGCGGAUAUGCUGGUCGCAAAGGAGGAGGGAUUUGACGAUGAGAAUAAGCUGUUGAGGACUGUCUUUGUUGGGAAUUUGCCAUUGAAGAUGAAGAAGAAGGCGCUGCUGAAGGAAUUCAGCAAGUUCGGGGAGGUUGAAUCUGUGAGGAUUCGAUCUGUUCCAAUCUUGGAUACCAAAGUGCCGAGGAAGGGUGCUGUUAUAACGAAGAAAAUUAAUGAUGCUGUAGACAGCAUUCAUGCCUAUGUAGUGUUCAAGUCGGAAGAAUCAGCAAAAGCAUCUUUGGCGCACAACAUGGCAGUGGUUGGGGGAAACCACAUUCGUGUAGACAGAGCUUGUCCUCCUCGCAAGAAACUGAAAGGAGAAGAUACUCCUGUGUAUGAUAAUAAGAGGACUGUUUUCGUGGGUAACCUCCCAUUUGACGUGAAGGAUGAGGAAGUCUAUCAGUUGUUUGCAUGCAUUAACAAUCUGGAAUCUAGCAUCGAAGCUGUGCGAGUGGUCAGAGAUCCUCAUACGAGCUUGGGGAAGGGUAUUGCCUAUGUCUUGUUUAAAACAAGGGAAGCGGCAAAUCUGGUUGUUAAAAAACGGAGCUUGAAACUUCGGGAUCGGCAAUUGAGACUCUUCCAUGCAAGGCCUGAUUCUACGCCAUCUAAGAGAAGCAAUCCAUCACCUGCAGAGGGAGCCAAUUCCCCCUCGAAGAAGAUGGCUCUGGACUCGAAUACCCCAAACAAACCAAAGAAGCCAAGUAAAGCUGAUCUAUCGUACGAGGGAUUGCAUGGGAAGAAAGCAUCAUCUGCUUUGAAGAAACCAUGGAAGAAAAGCAUUGGAGUAGUUAAGUCGGGGAAAGGAAGCGCAAAGAGAGGAUCCGCGGGGAAAGAACGGACGAGCAAAAGACCAGCGGUCGCUGCCCGGAAGGCAAAGGCGAACGCAAUGAAUGAAAUCGGCUCUCCUCUGAAUCGAACCGAUAAGAAAAGGAAAUUGGAGAGCAGGACACCGGAUAGCUUUCAGCAGAAGAGGAAAGUGAAGAAAUUCAAGUAAUGUUUAUCAAAGUGAUGGAUAGUCAUCAUAUGAAAAUGCGUUUCUGAUGGAAUAGGACUUAUACAAAGGAAUUCCAUUCCAGGGAGCGAUUAAAUUAAUGAUGCACCUGUAUUUGUUUAAAAAUGUUUUUCAUAAGUGGCCUUGCUAUGGGCAAUGACUGCGAGGAGGAUACAUGUCCACAACCUCGUCGACUACUUAUGACAUACAGGCACAUCGACAUACUCUUUGGGGUCA